AUGGAAAAUUUUGUCGAAGAUAAAGAAAACUUUGGAACAAGAAGUAACAAAGUCAUGCUCCUGAUUGACUCAGCAGUAUUCACUCUGGUGACAAUUACUUACCUAGCAAGUAGAAAUCAGUCAUGUGAGGCUAAUAUUGAAGACUUUAUACUGACUUAUAUUAUAUUUAAGGGUCUCUUUUGUACAUUCAGAUUUACAAUCUGGCUGAUUGAUAAGUACGUAUCUCAAGUUGGUUCGUACUGUCUAACAUUUUAUCUGAUCAUCUGGAUGCCUACAAUGGGGGUUUAUUACAUUCUUGAGCUUGUCCACUUCUUCUCAAAGGAUACAAACGAUUGUCUCAACAAUGCUUCGAUGAGAUGGACAAGCUCUCUUAUUAUCACAAUUGAGGCAUUCAUUUGACUUGCUUUCGACCUUGGAGUUCUCAUUGCCCUCGCUGUCUGGGCAUCAUGGCUUAUCAUCAAGAGCUGAAGAAACCCUCCCAGAAGAGUAAUUGAUGUCACAAAUAUGGACCAAACCUACAACGUCGACUCAAAAGCCCAAAUCUAAAUCACUUAUUCAAAAUCAUGUAAUCUUCUCUA